AUGCUUGUGUCACUUAUCUGGGAUUUUCACAUCGGUACAGAGUUUCCAACAUGCUGUGCUCGCCUGAGGUGCGUCGUUGAAGUCAACGGUGAAAGGAUUGUCCAAACUCGAGGACAACCUGGAGAACUCUUCCCCGACAAGCCAUGGAAGGGUCAACAGAACGAGCCCAAUCCCGCAGUGGUUGGAAUGACCGGCAUACAGCAAAAUACUGUCGGAGGAAUGGAACAGAAGGCAGCCUUCGUGGCUGACCAGACGCCCACACCAACGCGUUUCAUCAGGAAUUGUGAGGAGGUGGGCCUCUUCCAGGACCUGCAGAAUGUCAACCCGUUCGAUGAGGGCUUCAAAAGGGCCAUGGAGGCGAAGCACGGCAUCCUCUCCCUGGAGAAUGCGCUAGCGUCCUCCUCAGACGAGCUGCACACUCCUCAGAUGGUGUUUCCAACAAUUGAUGGGGACUCCGCCCUCUACAGCACCACCAAUAACCAGAGAAAUAUAACUAUAAGUCGCUCAUCAAGCGACGAGUCCGGCGCAGUAAAAGAAUUUGAAAGAACAACAAUAUCAAAAUUGACAAAUGAAGUGACGACUAUAAGCAGAAUUGUGGGUAAGGCAGAAGAGAAAGUCGAUGAACGAAACAAAGAUAUAAGAAAAGAUUCAGUCUCUUAUACAACAAAUAAUGUCAUAAAAAUUAGCAACAUGGUCCGAACGGAUAGUGUUGAAAAGAAUCCCGUACAAACAUUAAUCUACGAAGACACUGUUAUACACGAUAGCAAUAUACUAUCCAAGGAUUUCACAGAAAAAGUACCAGAAGUACCGCCUAUAAUGAGUCAGAAGUCUCUAGAUUUUAUCGUUGACAGUCUCAAUAAUGAUUUCGAUGAUACAGCAAAGAAAAAGAAUAAUAAUAAAAAUGAAAAUGAAGAUUAUGAAGUUAUAAUCAAAUUGCCCGGUGGUAAACAAGUUAAAAUGAGAGCCGUAGAAGAAGUUGAGAAGGAGAGGAAAGAGGUGUCAACGAAAGAGAUUUUGAAGAAAGCGAUCACUGAGAAGGUCGAGAAGAAAACGCCUCCGAAGACGAAUGCAGUCAGUUUGAUACCUGUGAGUAAUGUUCCAAUAGUUCCAGGCACAUUUAUACCAAUAACAUUUGUGCCACAAAUCAAUCAGAAAGUACCGAUAACUCCAAUCAACAUAGAUAUUAAGAAACCAGUCAAAAGAAAGGUCAGGUUUGAAAAAAAUGAUAGCCCAAAAGACACUGGGACCGUUUCAACUGAGAAAAAUGUUUGUAAUAAGAAAAAUAGUUGUUCCAAAGAUCUCGAUAGUCGAUCUGCUGCUUCUAGGAGAUAUAGAGCACGUUUAAAAGAGACGUGGAUGCAACAAUCACAGGAGAACGAAAGACUUAGAGAUAUGAAUGAAAAACUCAGAGCGGAGAGGGAUGUCUUAAAGACUGUGAUCUUAGAACAUAUAAAGAAAUGCCAGGAUUCCACAGAUUUGAAAAACACUUUGGAGAACCUCAAAAGUACAGCAAGCUCAGGAACUUCGUUAUAA